UCCAAUCAGUUAAGUCAUACCGGACAUCCUGAGGAUUGGUUUAGAAUCAAUUUAUACAGUUUCGUUUGGGAUGGUUUAUACUUGAAGGAAGAUAAAUUUGUCAGCAAAAGAUCCGAAUAUCACUCCACAAUCACCAAGGACUUGAAUGAGCACAUGAAAAAUAAGGUUCCAAACCAAAUUGUUGACUUUGCCCUACACUCAGAGAACUGCAACCUACAUCUCUUGACUGUUGAAGAAAGGAGAAGCAUUAAAUGUGUCAGCAGUGACAUUGGGAAAGGUAAACUGAUGCAAGCCUAA